AGGCCCGGGCAGGGGGAGGGGAGGAGCAGAGGGGGUCGAGAGCAGGCUCGGCCGCUGGGUGGGUCGGGGCGUUCCGCGCGCCCUUCACUGAAGUGGCGGUGGCCGGGCUGGGCGCCGGGUGUGGGAAGCGACGGCGCGGCUGGAAAAUGCCGGUCCAUUCCCGAGGGGAUAAGAAGGAGACCAACCAUCAUGAUGAAAUGGAGGUGGACUACGCCGAAAACGAGGGGAGCAGUUCCGAGGACGAGGACACGGAGAGCUCGUCGGUCUCCGAGGAUGGAGAUAGCUCAGUUUGACCUUUAUUUGAUGAAGAUCAAGAUGCAGAUCAUUUUGCGCUUCAGUUAUUUUGAUGUGUUGAAUAUAUGUGAUGUAAAAAUAGAAGAUGUGGAAUAUAGGACAGACCUGAAAUGGACGAUGAAGAUUGUGAAAGAAGAAGAAUGGAAUGUUUAGAUGAAAUGUCCAAUCUUGAAAAACAGUUUACCGAUCUCAAAGAUCAACUUUAUAAAGAACGAUUAAGUCAGGUGGAUGCAAAACUACAAGAAGUCAUAGCUGGAAAAGCACCAGAAUAUUUGGAACCACUGGCAACUUUACAGGAAAAUAUGCAAAUUCGUACAAAGGUAGCAGGAAUCUAUAGAGAGCUCUGCUUAGAAUCUGUAAAGAACAAAUAUGAAUGUGAAAUUCAAGCUUCUCGCCAGCAUUGUGAGAGUGAAAAGCUUCUGUUAUAUGAUACAGUCCAGAGUGAACUAGAGGAGAAGAUAAGAAGGCUUGAAGAGGAUAGGCACAGCAUUGAUAUCACCUCAGAGCUGUGGAAUGAUGAGCUUCAGUCAAGAAAAAAGAGAAAGGAUCCUUUCAGUCCUGACAAAAAGAAGCCAGUUGUUGUUUCAGGUCCAUAUAUAGUUUAUAUGCUGCAAGAUCUUGAUAUUCUUGAAGACUGGACAACAAUUAGGAAGGCAAUGGCUACACUGGGUCCACACAGAGUGAAAACAGAACCACCUGUGAAGCUGGAAAAACAUCUGCACAGUGCUAGAUCUGAAGAGGGAAGACUAUAUUAUGAUGGUGAAUGGUAUAUACGUGGACAAACAAUAUGUAUUGAUAAAAAAGAUGAAUGUCCUACAAGUGCCAUAAUUACAACAAUUAACCAUGAUGAAGUUUGGUUUAAGAGGCCUGAUGGAAGCAAAUCUAAGCUUUACAUUUCACAGUUACAGAAAGGAAAAUAUUCAAUUAAACAUUCAUAAUUAUGAUUUAAGUGUUAUCUAAACUACCCUAUUAGUGUUACCAAGUGUGAUGUGCCACAGGAGUAAAAAAAUGUAUUCAAUAACUUAAUAUUCUCAUUGAAUCAUGAGAGAAUGUAUAUUUGUAGGUAGUACUCUAAGUAGACCUCAUAUUGAUAUGUUAUUAAAAGAAAUAGUAAUAAAAGUUUAAUCAUGAUAAUUACAUUUAUUUGCCUCUUAGGUCCAAUGACCAAUAGGUAUAUAUGGAAGGGUUUCUUUCUAAACAUUUUUCUUUGGUUUUUAAAAAAAGUCGUGCAAAUUUGUCUUUUCUUUAGUGAACUAUGACUACAUUUAUCUCCAAUUUAAAGAAUUUCCCGUAUCUUUGCCGUUCAUCAUGUGUUUGUAAAUAAGACUGAUAAAAUGUUUCCUAUAAAUGGUUUGUAUUAGUCCUUUAGUGUUAAAUCAGAAUUGAAAUUUAAACAUAUAUAUGUGAGUAUGUAUAUACGGCAUCAUCAGCUUAUUUAGAACGGAUGACAUUACUUUACAAUCUUGUUUUACCCCAAAGUAAGCUAUUUGGUUUGAAAGCUAAAAGGAGCACUUUUGUAGAAUAGCAGCUUUCCUUCUCCUCUUCCUUGAUUGUAUGGUGAUGACCUAUUUUUACAAAUUAUACUUAAUGUUAAUUAGUAAAAUUAGUGUCAAGCGAUAACAUGCUUCUACUUUUAUUUCUUGUGACCCUUUAGAGGGUAGGUAUUUAUACCUGGUAUUUAUGACACAGUAUAUAAUUAGUGAACAGUAACUGACAGUAUUGUGGUGCUUGCUGUACAUGUCUGAUCUUUUGAGACAGAUUUUUAGUAAGCAUUUUCCAGAGGUAAAACUAGGUUUUCCUAGGAAAACUAUUUUCCUAGUGCAAAAUAGACAGGGAUAAUUUCCUUGAAUCUAUUCUCAAAUUAAUAUUUUUAUCUUUGGUGUUUUCACCUUUAAGGCCAUUUGGUGCAAUUUAGAAAGUGUUGGCCCACCUUCCCUUAGCCACAGUCAAAAUUAACUUCCAAAGCCUCAGGAACAGUACAAAGAAUUGAAACCCUCAAUACAACGGGACAAUUGACUAGUAAAUAUUUAGGGUACAGCCAAAUCAAGUAUUCCUGAUGGUCUUGUGCACUUUAAUUUCUGUUACAAUAAGACUUAAGAAGAUGAGGAAGAAAGCUACUUAUUAACACUUAGAGCAGGAGUACCUGCAUGAUUCCGUUGUUUUCCUGCUAUUUUACCUCUGCAAACAUCUUCCUGUGCAAAUCACUACUUCACAGUUGCCAAAUUUUAAAGCAUUUGACUUCUGAAAUACAAUAUCAGCAAAGUUAUGCUACUUUGUUUUGUUUCUAAAUAACUUUAGCAAUGUACAUAAUGUCAGAAUCCAAUAGUAUUUGACAGCACUUAUGUAUACAAUGUUUGAUAAGCAUUUUUAAUAAGAUUUGUAUUUUUAAAUUUAGUAUAUAAUAAAAAGAUGUUUGAGUGUCA